GCCUGUUUUUUAAGCCACCCUCUAGUAAAUGAUCAAUUCAUUAGCAUUUGCUGAAUAAAUUUCAGUCAAAUAGGUUAACAGACAAGCUCAUGAGUAGUGAGAUAUCUAAUAGUGAGAGCUUAACACGUAGAAGGAUUGGUUUGACAGUUUGUCUGUUAGUAGGUCGAUUCUAAUUUAACUGCCCAAAUUGGUAAUAAUCAGAUCUUGAUAUCAAAACUUCAUUAGCCAGCAAAAUUAAACGUUAAAUGAUAUAAAACGAAGUUCUGAUCGAGAUCUCGUGUAUCAGGGUAUCCAAUGUCCAAGUCUUCGAAGGACCUACGCACACCUAACAUUCCAAAUAUUUUGAAGGAUUCCCUUCGACUGUCGAAGAAGAUAAGGCGGCGAAAUGUCUCGGGCAAAACUUGAGUUCUUUAACUUUCUGUUAAUUGAACCUGAUUUUUGACACACGAAGUGUGCAUAAUUGUUUUGCCUGGUAACUCGAAAUCCUAUUUUUCAGAUGAAAUCUGACUUCCUUUAACAAACGAUCCUUCAGUGCUAUCCAAAAUUUAUUUGAUAAUCUGACGCUAUUUGAACUCAUUCAUCGAUAUUGGGUAUUCAGACUUCAGCAAAAUCCUUACCUUGAUCAUAAAAGAAAGAAUAGCGUCUUAAUUCUGUCACAAAUUUGACUUUGUCAGCUUUCUAGAAGUUGGUAAUUUCUGUUAUUUUCCAAAAUUUAAUUUCAAAUAAUUUCUCUAUCUGAUAUUGUUAAUUUUUUAAGCUCUAGCUGUUUGGAAGACUUCUAAAUCUUAAGCUGAAAAAGAAGGUCAAGAAAUUUGUGAAAAUGAAUUUUUUCAUGGGCGGCGCGUUCCCUGGUGUUCCAGGAACUACCGGGACGCCCGCAACAACAAACAAUAUGACUGCAGCUGGCUUGAUGCCUGGCGCUAGCCAGCAACAAUCCCCUCAAGCAUCUAUGGUUUCCCCUUUCGCUGCAGCCGCGGGUGUUCCGGGGUUUAGUUUAAAUCCUACCGUUGCCGGGGUUUACAACCCGUAUCAGGCGUUUAACGCGGCGUCUAUGAUGGCAGCAGCGGCGGCUAACCCGCAGAGUUAUGCGGCGUACAUGGCUACCUUUCAACAACAGAUGAAUGCCGCAGCUGUCGCCGGCUAUAAAGCACCGACUGCCGUUAUAACCCCCCACACGCAGAGUAGUGUUGGCAGUAGACAAACAACAGCCAGUACCACUCAAUCAGCAGGAUUCAAUGCCACAGGCAGCAGCGCCUCCAAUCAGUCCUAUACUAACUACUCUGAAGGCAGCUCAUCGAAAUCUUCUACUUUUAACUCUAAUAGCGGUAGUAUCCAGAAGUACAACAAACCCUACACCAGAGACUACCAAUCAGGAUCGCGUGACAACAGUCGCUAUUCGAACAAAAGAAGUGUAACUGGCUCGAAUAGUCACCCUGUGUCUUACAACAAAACCCUAACAGGAGGCGACAGUUCUUCGGAAUAUAAGAACAGCUCAUCGUCAUCGUCGAAUCGGGAUAAUGCCGGCAACAAUAGCGGAAGUUUUUCGACAUUCGGAAGCCCGUCUAAAGUGGGCUAUGUUCCCUCAGAUAAAAGUGGGGCUUACUCUAGUGAAGUUGGAGGUAGCUCCAGAAUCACGUCUGGAUCUUCGUCUUCAGGAAGUUAUCAGAGCCAGAGUUCUGGAGGAGGUGGCGGCAGUAGCAGUGGAAGUGGAUACCAGAGGGCUAGCAGCGGUGCUGGUGACAGGAGUGUUGGGAUUCAGGGCAGCGGUGGCAGUUCUUCGUCGCAGUAUAUUCCGAGAGGACCGUUGCACUACUGUGAUGUGUGUAAAAUUAGCUGUGCGGGACCCCAAACAUAUAAAGAGCAUCUGGAAGGUCAGAAACACAAGAAGAAAGAACAGCAAAUCAGAGCUGGAGUGGUUUCGGAAUCAGGCUUGCAGUCUUCGUCUCAGCAGGUGCAAAAUGUAAAGCCAGGCCAGAAGACAUUCUACUGUGAGCUGUGCGAUGUGACCUGCACAAGUGCAGACACUUACAAUGCACAUGCACGGGGUGCAAAGCAUGUGAAAUGCGUGAAAUUGUACCAGAAGAUGAAUAAACCGAUUCCUCCGGCUAAAGAAAUGAUAGUAACAGCUAUGGGGGAAGAACCAACAGUCGUGACGCAUAAGCUGAACCAGGGAAGAAAUAAUACAGGGGGAGCAAGGUUUGGCAGUUCGGGCGGAUCUGGAGGAUUCGGAGGUGGUUCAGAUUUUAAUCAAGGGGGAACUGGCAGGAAUAAUGCGGCGGGAAAAUCAUAUGGGUAUGGAGGAAGCGAGAAAGAGUCGACCACUGCGUCGACAACUCUAAAAGGGUUAUCGUCCAAAAUUUCAUCUCCAUCUGCGGUACCUAAGCACGUUGAGACACUGACAACCACGACUUAUGUGGAGGAUGGCUUACUGAAGGACGAGUGUGACCCUGAGCCGAUCGGAGGCGAGUACAUUGACGAACUGAGAGACCCAGACACGCACAAAUUGAUAGAGUUCAACUGCAAAUUGUGCGACUGUAAGUUCAACGACCCAUAUGCCAAAGACAUGCAUCUGAAGGGAAGGAGACACCGCAUCAUGUACAAGAGGAAGGUCAACCCACAACUGGAGGUGGAGAUCAAGCCAGGUUUCCGUAACAAGAAGUUGAUGGAGGACAGAGAGAGGAGCAGGAAACAGAGGGAGAUGUUGCACCGGAGACUGGCAGAGGAGCACAACAUGAGGAUGCAGAUGCGCAGACUGGAACAGGAACUCUACUUCCGAGUUCCAGCUACUUCAGGACCCUCACUGAAUAACGACAGUGCCGCCUGGGAGUCAUGGGAUGACAGACACAUGUUAUCCAAGCAUAGCAGCAUCUACCCCUCAGACGAGGAACUGGAAGCAGUCCAACUCAUAGUGGGCAGGGCUGAGAAAGUGUUGAAAGUGGUGUCGGAUAAACUGGCGCUAGAGGAUAUGGGCGAUCCGGAGGUUAAACAGAGAGUUGAAGCCGCGGCCGCCAGCAAGCAGAAGAAAGCAACUAAUACUACUGGAAGUGAUGUUGUAGUCACUAGUUUAACUGAGUCAAGCAGCUCGGACUCGAAGGCAAUGGAAAACGACGAAUGCAAUGCGGAAAGUGAUAACACGAAGGCAGUUGAAGACGCGAGUUUGAGAAUGAAAGAACUGGAAGAAAAGACAAAGGCAGAUAAUAAAACUCACGAGAUAGACAGUGCAUAUCGACAAGUGAAGGGUGUUAUGCGAAUAGGGGCUCUGGCCAAGGGACUGCUGUUGAAGGGGGACAAACUGGUGGAACUGGCAGUGUUGUGUCAAGACAGACCGACCAAGGCUCUGUUGGCACGCAUGUUCAAAUGCUUCUCACAGCAGAUGGGUCAAAUCACAUCCGAUAAAUACAGUUAUGAGGUCAAAGUGCAAGACUGUGCCAUUCUGAUGACGUCAGAACAGGAUAGCUACAAGAUACAACUGAAGGCCAGUCUCACUUCACCGGCAGUUGAGCUGGCAGCACCAGUAGCACAGCAACAGGAACAGAAGACCCACAGUGAGGGGGGAUGUUCUAGUGAUAAUACGACUGGCGAUGGAAAGACAUCAGCCAAUAGCAACUUGCUCAACAAGACCCGAUGCUUAGCACUGCUGGCUGAGUUGAGGCGUGCCAAGUGGUUCCAGUCAAGAGCGGCCAUGGUGCCGUCGUGCGUGAUUGUCAUGCGCAUCCUGAAAGACCUCAUGAGGAGAAACUCCAACUGGGGAGGCCAUUCUCUUCCCCUUCAGUGGACUAUGGAGGUGGUUGUGGAGAAUACAUUGGGGGCAUGCAGUACUCCACUCAGUCCGGGAGAUGCCAUGAGGAGAGUGUUGGAGUCGCUAGCAGGGGGUAUCCUGUGUGCUCACCCGAUCGGAGUGGGUGUGUUGGACCCUUGUGAACCCCAUGAGGUAGUGGACUUGACUGAGGGUCUGAUGCUACAGAGUAGGGAGGAUGUGACUGCAAGUGCACAACAAGCUCUCAGACAAAUAGUGUUCAAACAGAUACACAAGUUGCUCGGCAUGGAGAUGAUUCCUGCGCCCACUCCUGCCCAAAUAAGGAAACGGAGAAUGGACCAAAUGGAAAUGAUCAACAAGGCUCGUGAACAAAACAUGAACAAACAAUAUUCACUGCAGCAUCAGCAGCAAAACGAGACCGCCUCUGUCUCGGCAAAAAGAGAAAAACGAGAUGAUGCGAGUUUAAACGAAAAGGUCGACAAAGUUUUAGAAAAAGCGAAUAAUUCAACAACGGAUUCAAAUAUGGAGACUAAUGACAAAGUUUCACCGCUUAACGAAGAGGUUAAAGGAAAUUUAGAGCUUUCGCAAAACAAUUCUGAUGAUAAGGCUGUUAAUAGUUUGCCACUGGACAUCAAUUCUUCAUUACCUGCGGGUGCCGUUGAUAAAAAGAUAGACCCCAUGGGCAAUAAACAUUUCGAUGAUGCAAUCUCAAGAUCUGAAUUAGGGAAAGAAACUUCCGAAGGUCUGACGGGCAACUCAGAGUUCGACACACCCAACGACCAAUACAGUUAUUAUGAGUCAUCAGAACACCCAAAUGAGUCCAUGGAUUUCCAUGCGGCACACCAUAAUGACAACUGGGUGGACCCUGGAGGCGAGGCAGCCUACGAAGCCAUGGGCUAUGAGGAUCCCUAUGAAUCGUAUUACGGACCGUUGCCACAACAAAGAGGCAUGGGCUUUGGGUACUCAAACCCUAGGUUUUUUAGACCAUGGCGAGGAGGUGGAAUGGGAAGAGGAGGCUUCAAUAAAUAUCAGUGGUGAAAUGUGAAAUGAAUCCCGUUCAGUAACGUGCGAAAAACUCGUUGAAAUCGUUGAAUGAACAAUUUGUGUGGUUCAAAAUUAGAUAAUAUAUUUUGAUUGUAAUUGAAAUGCUUGUUUUGUUCUCAACGCAUGGAUUAGAAAGUAAAAAGUUCCGUUUAA